AUGAGCAGUUCCUGUGUGACACUGGCCGAGGUCCUGUGGGCAAAGGGGAGCCCUUUGGAGGAAGAAGACCUAUGGGCACUCUUGUACCUGGCCACAGCACAGCUUCUCGAGGACCUUCACAAAGAUCCCACCAUCUGGGUGAUUUGCCCAUGGUCAGUGCUACUGUCUGCUGAAGGAAGUCUGUCUUUCCAAAACCAUGCAUCUCAGUCAGAAGCUGUCCCUUUCAGUGCACCCGAAUUGCUCCAUGGGCCAAGUAAAAACAAGCACAUUGGACUAACAAAGAUGUUGGUGUAUUCCUUAGGAAUGACCUGCUACUGGGCAGCAGACUAUCAGGUUCCUCCAAACCAGUCCCUCCAGCUGAGCGACCAACUACACAGUCUCUUGUUGACACUGUGUGAAGAUCUGCCACACAGAAGACUUGCCCCUGAAUCCAUUCUGGAAGCAUGUGAAGCACAUCAGAAGGAAUCCUAUUCCUUACCAGCCAAUGUCUACAUAAGAAAAAUGGCCCAGCUCGUGCUUGGAAGUGUCAGUGAGGUAGAACGGGCAGUCACUGAAGACAGCGCAGCCUCCCAGCUCAACAGAAGCCACAUGAUAAGGAAAAGACUGCACGAAAAAGCACUGGACACCUCCGCGUCGUCCUCCCGCAUGACUUUUCGCACAGACAAAGGAUCCAGAUUAAUGAACUACAGUCAGUCAACAGAAGAUUACAGACAAUUCUCUGUGGACUACAGUGACUCGAAUAGCAUUUCAGAAAGUACCUCUUUGAUACUCUCUAACCAGGGACACAGAAGAGGCCGAGUCCCACCGACGCACAGGUCAUGGGAUCCCACCCUCAGUGGGUCAAGGACACAAAGUAGCUACAAACUCUUCAUAAACAGGUCAGUCAGUGCUGUAGAAGAAAUCCCUAGUGCAGCUCAGAAGAGCAGCAAACACAACCUGCUGAGCUUGGGCUCCACCUUCUCUGUGUCUACAAAGGACUACACAGCAGCCACCACAUCACAAAAAUGUUUGUUCCAAAGGAAGGAGAAGUUCUCAGGUCCAGAAUUUAUUAUCUUAUCUAGUGAACCACCAGUGACCUUACAGCUGCCUGGAUCAAUUGUGACUAAAAAAGGGAAAUCCUAUUUGUCCCAAAGGGAUCUCAACGUGAUUCUGCUCAACGGGCAGUGCCUUGAAGUGAAAUGUGACAUCAAGUCUAAGGCGCGAGAUGUUUUCAACACGGUGGUGGCGUAUGCAAACUUAGUGGAACAUUUCUACUUUGGCUUGGCUUAUCUAAAAGGUAAAGAGUUUUUCUUUUUGGAUGAUGAGACCAAACUCUACAAAGUGGCUCCAGAGGGCUGGAAUGACCAACCCAAGAAGAAAACCUCCAUCAUUAAUUUCACGCUUUUUCUAAGGAUAAAAUUCUUUGUCAACCACUUUAAUGUUAUCCAGCACAGCUUGACAAGGCAUCAGUUUUACCUGCAGCUUCGCAAAGAUAUUUUGGAAGAGCGACUAUACUGUAAUGAUGAGACUGCACUGAAACUUGGUGCUUUGGCUUUACAGGCAGAGCUGGGCAAUUAUGUUUCUGAGAUGCACGGAAAGAGCUAUUUUCGUGUUGAGGACUAUGUUCCAACAAGCCGAAUAGAGAAAAUGACGCUGGCAAACGUACAGCGAGAGCUUGCUAAGCUGCAUCGCAUGAAUCGUUCCCUCUUUGAGGAUGAGGCUGAACUAGAAUUUUUAAAGGUGACCCAACAGCUCCCUGAAUACGGCGUACUAUUCUACCGAGUGUCCCAAGAGAAGAAAACAGCCGGAGGGGACAUCAUCCUGGGAAUCUGUGCCAAAGGCAUCAUUGUAUAUGAGGUCAAAAAUCACACAAGAAUUGCCAGUUUAAGAUUUCAGUGGCGUGAAACAGAGAGAAUUUCAGCUCACAGAAAAAAAUUCAUGAUUGAAAGUAGCUUCAGUGGCAAGAAGCAUACGUUCAUUACAGACACGGCAAAGACUUGCAAAUAUUUACUGGACCUCUGUUCUGCCCAACACAAAUUUAAUGCACAGAUGAAUUCUAGGCAACUUCGGCAAGCUUCAUCAGAGGACAGUAAAUUUAUGGAAAUAGACAAAUCAAGCUCUGCAUAUGCAGCUCAGCAUGAACACCUUGCCCUGAUUCAGAGACUGUCUCGAUCUGAGAAUGUGCUUUAUGGGACAAACCUGGAAAACCUUUCUGCUGGGAUGAUGAGUAAAUCUUGUGAUAACCUCAGUGUGGAAAUCAGCAACAGGACUAGAGACAAAAGUAAUCUCGACAGAUCCACGUCAGGGCUCUCUCAGUCAGAAAUGCACAUCAAUCUGAACGGCAAGCAAAGGAGUUAUGACUACCUCUCCAUCCACUCAACUCAGAACACAAGCAGUGCACCUGGAUCACCAGUCAUUCAAAAGGAACUUUUGCUAAGUGGUCUAGAAAGAGAAAUCAUUUGUGUCACCCUAAAACGUGACGCCAAGAAUGGCUUUGGUUUUAUAAUUAUUGGAGGAGAAAAUGUAGGAAAAUUAGACCUUGGUAUCUUUAUCGCUUCAAUUAUUCCUGGGGGACCUGCAGACAGAGCCGGAAAUAUCAAACCAGGGGGACGACUCAUAUCUGUGAAUAAUAUUAGUCUUGAGGGUGUUUCAUUUAAUACUGCUGUAAAAAUUAUACAGAAUUCUCCUGAUGAAGUGCAACUUAUCAUCUCUCAACCCAAAGACAUUUAUGAAGAAGGAUUAAAUGAAGAAAAGUGUCUAUCAAGAGGGAACAGCACUAGUGGAUCUGAAAUCUCCUGUGUAGACAAUGGGAGAAGAAAGAUUCAAGAUUGUCAUACUGCUCCCUCCAAAGAACAGGAUAUAAACAUAGAGGAACUUGAGAAAGCUCUUUCCCGGAAUUUAGCACCAAAAUCGGGCCCCAAGAUUCCAGUUCUUUCAGUUGACAACCUAGAUGUGGAGGAAGCUGACUCUUCGCAAGUACCAUCUCUGGCUGAAACCCACUCAAAUGAUACCUAUACUGUGGAGCUUGUCAAAGAAGACGGGACUUUUGGAAUCAGUGUGACUGGUGGAAUUAACACCAGUGUGCGUCACGGUGGGAUAUACGUGAAGUCAAUUAUUCCCGGGGGACCAGCAGAUAAGGACGGACAAAUAAAGAUAGGUGAUCGCCUGCUGGAAGUGGAUGGAAUGAGCCUCUGUGGCGUCACGCACAAGCAGGCUGUGGAAAGGCUGAAGAAAUCUGGUCAGAUUGCCAAGCUUGUUCUUGAACGAGGACACAAUCAACUGGCAGAUCUGUGCCCGUCGGCUAAGGCCAAAAAGGAGGACCAAGGUGCGGUUGUUCCUGUGACAACAUCCCUCACAGAUGGUGGCAAGAACUACUCCUUUGUGACAGAUGAAAAUAUAUUUGAAGUCAAAUUGACAAAGAAUUCGGGAGGCCUUGGCUUCAGUUUUCUGCAAAUGGAAACAGAUGCCUGUGAACACCUUGGAGGAGCCAUCGUCAGGAUCAAAAGACUCUUUCCAGGGCAGCCAGCUGAAGAGAAUGGACAAAUUGAAGUCGGAGACAUCAUUUUAGCUGUGAAUGGGAAACCUAUUCACGGGCUCCUGUAUCAGGAUGUCCUUCACUUGCUGAGAGGGGCUCCUCCGGAAGUGACACUUGUUCUCUGCAGACCACCGAAAGGAGUUCUUCCAGAAAUAGAGCUGAGUGCCCUGACUCCAGCACCAUCUCCAAUUAAGGAAUUUGUGGCCACUCCAGGGAUAGGAAACAGUAUGGAUCAGUCUGCUAGUGAGGACAGCAGCACCUCUCCAGAACUGGAAGACUGCCUGGAUUCUCCAGCGGCAGCAGAUUUCAGUGAGCCGCCGGAGGAGGACAGCUCCGCUAAUGAAGAACAAGAAGCGGAGGCUCGAGAGAAGCCCCUACAGGCCCUUAUGCCUCCCAGGGAAAGCUGCUACAGGCACCUUUGGAAGUGUUAUCGAGAUGCUGCCAGUGCUGAAAUGUUCCAGUCCCUAGAGGAAGAGGUGAGGCAGAACUGCUGCUCACCCCGUGAAUGUGGAUGGACCAAAAGCCCUGUAUUUAAUAAGAGUGAUGAUGACCUAUCCAAAACAAAUCGCAUGCCUGAAAUUCUCUCUCUAACCCCUAUUGAUGAAGAGUAUCUCACCAUCAGCUCAACGUCUGCGGCCUCGCUUUCCCGGGGAGGAAGCGCUGAGACACUGUCCUCAACCACGGCCACCCCACACGCACGUGGCCCUUUCUCCUCCUCCCCACCUGCUAGAGGGCCAGGUGACAGUGACAACGAAUGGGAAGAGCUGGAGGAGCAGCUGAAGGCAGAGGAGGAGGACUGCUCUCGGGAAAUGGAGGUCUUUGUGACCCUGAGAAGGUCAGAGAACGGUGGUUAUGGAUUCUCAGUGGUUUUCAACAAACUGGACAACUGCCUGUAUGUUGAUGAGAUCUUGAAUGAUCCUGCCCUGUCUGAUGGAAGACUGAGAAGAGGAGACAGAAUCAUUAUGGUGAAUGGAGUUGAUGUCACCCUAUUACCAUGCAGUGAAGUCCUGGCUUUACUACACAGCUCUCCUCCUGAUCUGCACCUAACAGUUGGCCGUGCUGAUAGUGAUCCAUGUCCCUCCGUCAGGCUGGAUGAGAUUCCUGAAAUUACCCUUACAAAAGGUGCCAAUGGACAACUAGGCUUGAAGCUGACAGGAGGAGCUGGAAGCAAGUUACAAGGUAUCUACGUGCUGGAGAUAGUGCCUGGCUCUCCGGCCAGCGUGGAGGGCAGCCUGCAGCCCCGGGACCAGAUUCUGUACAUCUGCGGCCUGUGGACUGAGGGCAUCAGCCUGGAUGAGGCUGUGAGAGUGUGUGAAGCUGCCACGCAGAGCGUCCGCAUCAAGGCAACAAGAAAUGGCAAUCCAGUUGUUCCCAUAGAGCAGGAAAAUAGGUCGCUUGUGGAGACGGAAAAAGACAGUGUCUCUCUGUCAAAUGAAAACCUGAAUCCACAAGAAGAGCAUCCACCCGAGCAGCAUGAGAAACAUCUGGAGGAAGCCAAUUCUGGUGAUGAGCAAAACACUUCGGAUUCCCCAGAGCACAGAGACUUUAUCAUUAAGAUUGAAUUGGAAAAAGCAGAAAAUGGGAGCCUAGGAUUUGCACUGGUCGGUGGAAGAAAUGGCAGGGCUAUCCUAAUAAAAGCCAUCAGCCCAGACAGCAUUGCAGAUCUAGAUGGGAGGCUCCAAGUUGGUGACAUCUUGCUGAAGGUGAACGAGACGUUCGUGUCUGGUCUGCCACGGCAAGCUGUUAUAGAUCUGCUUCGCCAGGCUCGAGGCACGGUGCAGCUCACAGUGUGCCGCAGCACGGCCCUGCGCUGGGCCAGCUCGGGCAACCGGAGCAGCAGCCCACCUUGCCCCCGCGCCGCGGCGGCCCAGCCUGAUGACCCCAGCACUGAGGGAAGCACAGGAGCUCGGCCUGUUUCCCCUUUCAAAGAAGCACAGGAAUGUGACCAGCUGGGCAGCCAGGAUUCCAAAAGCACACACAGAUCCCUUCAAAGUCAGCCAGAACAUCAGGAUAUUGCCAUCAAGAAUUCAGAUGGAUGUGCAGGAUGUAAAAGCUGUACAAGAAGGGAAAGUCAGCAGUCGGAGUCAGAGAACUGGACCAGUGAAGAGAAUGAAACACCCUGCAGGAUUUCCUUUCUACACAGAAGCAGAACUUCUGUUUCUGAAGAUGGACCAGCUCAGUUAAUUAACUUUAAAUCCUCAAUGACUGGAGUAGGUCCAAGGACUGGCAUCAAAGGUCUUAUUCAAGGUCUUCAGCUGCAGAUUGAGAACCAAGAGGUCUUUAAAGAGUUUAUGGCUUUAGAAAAUGUAAAACCAAUAGAUGACUGCAGAACUGGCAAAGCACCAGAAAACCGUGACAAAAACAGAUACCGAGAUAUUCUUCCAUACGAUAAAACACGAGUUCCUCUUGGAGAAAACAAUGGAUACAUCAACGCAAGCUACAUUAGAAUGAAAGUUGGAGAAGAGGAACAUUUCUAUAUUAUAACCCAGGGGCCUCUGCCUUCCACCAUAGCUGAUUUCUGGCAAAUGGUUUGGGAGAAUGAAUCCAACGUGAUUGCCAUGAUGACAAAAGAAGUGGAGCUAGGAAAGGCCAAAUGUCAUCGAUACUGGCCUGAGCCUCCACAGGAAUCUAUAGACAUUGCUAACUUCCAUCUCAGGCUAGACACUUACCAGAUAUUAGAGUACUUCAUUAUUAGAAUAAUAGAAGUGAUCAACAAGCAGACAGAAGAGAAACGCUGUGUAAGUCAUUUGCAGUUUACCACUUGGCCGGACCACGGUACUCCCACACUGGCAGAGCAGCUUGUAAAAUUUAUUUAUUACAUGAGAAAAGCUCACAAGACAGGACCUGUUGUAGCUCACUGCAGUGCUGGGAUUGGAAGAAGUGGAGUUUUGCUGUGUGUUGAAGUUUUGUUGAGCUAUAUAGAAAAAGAUUUAUGUUUCAACAUCAAGCAGAUAGUGAGAGAUCUGAGACAUCAACGUUUUGGCAUGAUUCAAACUAAGGAUCAGUAUUUAUUCUGUUAUCAAGUUGUGCUGAAGGUCCUUCAGAACAUUCAAGCCAUGGAUCCCUAGAGACUGCAGUAAGACUCUUCC